GUAUGAAGAUCUUCAUGAAAUUAUGUUCCGUUCCGCUUAUCUUCUAAUAUGCAGCCCAUCAUGGUUACCGGUGCUCGUAGUUUUGCUCCACUUUGUCGUGCAAAAUUUCAUACCUAUACUAAGUACUUCUUAUGUUGUUUUUCAUCUCGUCCAGGACCAGGCUAGCGCUAGUAGGCGAGUACGCUUUAAAGAACUUGAGAAAUUGAAAUAUUGAGCCGGAAAGUUGCAGUUGCACUUGAUGUUGAUGAACGAAGUUCUUCUUGUAGCUAGUACAUCAUUUUGAGCUGGAAAAUUAAUGGUCGCACUUGAUGUUGUCACCGGAAGAAGUAAGAAGUAAAUACAACAAGUUGAGCGACCAGAAGCAGUACCACUUUCUCCGACUACAAAAGUUCAUUGAAAAAUUGCCAAAAGCAGGUUUAUCCAUGGCAGCGCCCGGAGCUGGACGAGCCGCCGCGGGUGGUGGAACCAAGAAAAUGAAGAUGAUGAAUAACAAAUCUUCUUCCACGACCGGAGCAACCGUUGGAGCCACGACCUCCAAGGGGACUACAAAUAAGAAGAAGACCUCCUCUUCCUCUGUCACGAAUAUAAAAGGGAAGCAAAGCAAAAACUCAACUGCCACCUCUUCCAACAAGAAGAAAUUAGGCGAGCAGUUUCGGAACAGCGAUCUGACGCAUAUGGUGUUCUCAAACGUUACAUUCUCAACUGUUACAUGAAUCUGUAAUGCAAGAAUGGCAAAAGCCAAAGGAGGAAGAUUGCAAAAAUUGCAUUACCAAUCCCGCACAGAUUUAGGUGGUGUGUAGCCCUUCGCAAAUUUGUCAUGCGAAGCAGCUUGAUCUUGUGGAUGAUGAUGGUAGUUUUGCAUGACAAAUUCAUGUAACAGAGGAGAAUGUAACGCUUGAGAACUCCAUAACGCAGGCGGUUUGCCAAGACUUGUCGGAGGGCAAGAAGCACGCCAAGGAGACGGGCGCACCAAGCGGAACAAAGACCAGUAAAGCUGCUCCAGGAGGAGGAGCAAGUGCAACAAAUGCAAAUGGUACCGCAACAGCACAACCAACACCGAGCGAUGCGCUGUCUUUCAUGUUUGGUGGUGGGGGCCGCAGCACUACGGCUGCAAUUGGAAAUAAACCAAAUACAACCAGCAAAAAUCAGCUCCUGGAUGUGGGGUACAAUGGGGCGGAAAUGACCUUGCAGUUGCUCGACCAACGGCAGCGGCAGGCGUCCCUGCGGUUCGGCUGGGUCCGUCACCCGGAGAUGCAGAAGAAGUGCGCCGAAUUUCUCGUCAACCACUGCAAACUGGCGAAAACCGCGAGGCUGAAGGUGAAGGAGAACUAUCCUCUGCAAAAGUAUCGUACUCGUAGUAAUUGCAUUUCUGCAUUACAAAUUUAUUUUUCAAGGUAAAUCAGCAUUACAAAUUUAAUUUGUAAUGCUAAGUCAAUUUGUAAUGCAAUUUAUACUAGUACGAUACUUUUGCAAUGCAUAAGAACGCCGGGAACACCAUGUUUAAAGCGUCCUUUGCGCAAUUGGAGGAAUUUGAAAAGGAGUUGAAGGAAUUCGUCUUGGAGGGGAAAACACCGGGGGCUACCAGUGCUAGUAGUGCGAAUGGUUUUUUGAUGAAGUCGAACCCUUCGUCCAGCACAGGAAAUGCAACCGCUUCUAUUUUCACGACGCCUGCGCCGGGGAGCAUUUUCUCUUCAGCAGGAACAGCACCAGGAGGUGCUGGAGGACCGAUGAAGUCGAUUUUCUCAUCCGCUGCUGCUGGUACUACUGCGGGCACUGCGACGGCAUUGGCGACAGCUCAAGCGCCUAGUAGUAGUACUUCUGGUCCUGCGAAGACCUCCCGUGCGGAAAAGCUGUUGCGGAAAAUUCGGGGCGGAGGUAGUGGAACCAAUAAAUCGAUCUUCAAAAAGCAGGACUUCACUGUGAGGCGCGAGAUUUGCCCGCAGAAGGCGAGUGAGCUGUUCAAGUUAACGUGUAAGAAAGAGAAAGAAGAGGCGUUGAACAAGGGGAAUAAAAGUGCGAAGACGAACAAAGCGUCUGUGAAAUUGCAGAAGUUGCGCGCAGCUCAGGGAGGAAAGAAGACGGCGGUGCGGAAACGACGGUAG